AUGGCUUCCACGUUCACUAGAGUUUCUCAAACAAUGAACACUAUGAUGUCCAAACCAUUGGCACGAAAAAGCUUUCACACAAAAAACUCUCCAAGCGGGACAGUCUUCGAGACGAAGAAGAUGGAGAUGGAAGAGCCAAUAAUGAAGAACAAGAACAAUAUGAAACGAAAUGACGAUAAUGCCCUUACUUGGGUCCCACAUAAGAAGACAGGGAUUUACUAUCCUAAAGGACAAGAAAAAAUUAUGGAAAAUGUUCCCCAUCAUGCUGGUAGAGAUGAGGGAGUGAAUUGGUUCUCUAUCAAACAUUAA